AGCAGUGAAGUGUCGUGCUUGUUAGUGAAUUUGUGUACUCCUCGCCUCACCUCUUUAUGUAUCCACCCCUUGGCACGAGCGAGUGAAUAGUGGGCCAAAAAUAUGGAAUCGCCGCAAAUGUACGAUACGAAUCAAAUCCAAGUGCGCAGUGAUAUCAAGAAGCUAACGAUGGCCGCGAACAAUAGCGUGAACGGUGCGAACGGCACGGCCAACGGGGCCUCGCCGACCAACAACAACAACAACUCACCGACCGCGAUUAAUCAGAACACGCUGGCGAUGAAGCAGCAGCAGCAGCAACAGCAGCACCAGCAGGUCCAGCAGCAGCAGGUCCAGCAGCAGCAGGUCCAACAGCAGCAGCAGCAGCAGGUUCAGCCCCAGCAGCAGGUGCAGCUCGGUCAGCACGCCGCCACCAACGGUGCGUCCGGCGGGCUGCUCUCCAACGGUAACCUCCUGUCCAAGCAGAUGCUGCAGCAAAUCCAGUACUCCCAGUCCGAGCUGGACGAGCUCACGUCCCAGGAGAUCUCGCUCGAUCUGCAGCACCUGAUCGACGACCAGUUCCGCGACCCGGAAGCGCUCGGCAUCUUCACCGAGAUGGUGACGGUCGGCAGCACCAACGGUACGAUGGCGAACCCGCUCGUCCAGACGGCCGCCGCCAAGGCGCUCCAGCUCCAGCAGGCCCGGCUCUCGCAGCACUCGAACGGUGGCAACAGCUACCAGCGCUCGCUCGCCUACAUGCCCCAGCCGGUGCAUACGGGCGCCGCGUACGGCAGCACCUCGAGCGACGAGAACAGCUCCGUCGGCUCGUCCGCCGACUCGGCCAACAUCAAGGAGGAGCCCGUCGACCCGAACGAGUACCGCCGACAGCUGCUCGCGAACGGUGCCUCCGGGGGCGCCCAGUUUAUGGGCACCAUCAACGGGUACCCGGGGCUGCCGGGGGCCGGGGGCGGUGGCGCGGCAACACCCAAUGGUGUCCCCGGGGCUCUCGGUGCGUCCGGGGGCGGCGGCACCACCCCCAGCUACGUCACCAACGGCAACGGUAACAGUUUCUCCAGCCUAACGCCCGCGACCGUGCUGCACCACCAGGCGCUACCGCAUCUGUCCGGCGCCGCCCAUCUCGCCAACCUGACCAAGCACAGCAAGAUGCUGCCGCACGUGGGGCGCAAAACGCAGCAAAAGGUGGUGGACAAGGGCACGGACGAGUACCGGAGGCGGCGCGAGCGGAACAACAUCGCGGUGCGGAAGUCGCGCGAAAAGGCGAAGGUGCGGUCGCGCGAGGUCGAGGAAAAGGUGAAGACGCUGCUGAAGGAGAAGGACGUGCUGAUACGCAAGAUCGAGGAGAAGAACAACGAGAUCGCGCUGUACAAGCAGCUGUACAUGCACCUGAUGAACCACAGCAACCCGGAGAUCAACCAGAUCUGUCGCAGCGCGCUGAACCUGUCCAACAUGGGCGACCACAUGUGAUUUGGUGCGCUUUUGGGUGAAGCGUUGCGGGGAAUCGUUGUCCACUGCUUUUUGUUGGUCGGUCCAGAGCCGGGGACUGCUCCGUUGCAUCCUGGGUUGCAUCUCACUUUUCCUCCCAAACAGCCCACAGCAGCAGCAGCAGUCCAGUACGGUACGGUCGGAGAUGUCCCCUUUAUUAGCUACCCAUUGUCCAUUCUACGUUGCGUUUUGUACACAUAAUACACACAAACACACACGAACCAAAGACAAGUUAGACUCGCAGGAUAUUCUUUCGCACCAAACCGGGACGAAGAAUGGAGUCAAACGAAGACACAGACGGCGCAAAUGUAAGGAAGGCGAAAAUGGGGAAGCGAAUGUUCGGAGGGUGGGACAAAAUCGAAUUCGAUUCGGCCGCAGGCAGCUACUAACCGAAAAACAAUAGCACAAACACACACAAACACACAUACACUCUUGUGACAGCUAGAGCAGUGAACGUGAAGCAAUUCGAAAGGAACUUAAAUACCUGUACAUAGCGUUUAAGAUAUUCGUGUUUAUUUGCUACUGCGACGUUAUUAAUGUUAUUAUAAUUAUUGCCGUUUUUUUUGUUGUGUAUAGAAGAGGAUGCACUCGCUGAGUGCAUUGCGUGAAGCAAUUGGGUGGACAGGGGAACAGGGACGAAUGUAGCAUACAUACAGUUAUAUAUAUCUAUCUCUCUCUCUCUCUAGUGACGUACAGCGACCGAUGAAACAAAUCGUUCGACACAAUACCUACUUAAGUACUACUUUCUGCACAAAGAUUCACAAGAAACAUACACACAAACACCUCUUUGGUACGGCUGGUUGUAGAUAAGACUUGAUGGAAAUGUUUUCUUUCGUUUUCUUUUUUUUGUAAAUUUGUUCAUCUUUAGUUUGAUGGUUAAGCUGUAUGUAGUGUAGUGUGCUCUAUUCGUUCGUUUGCGUUCAUCCAGAGUCAGGGCAGAUACGUCUGUUAAGAAAACGGUUAAAAUACAAACUACUUUUUUACAAAAUUAAACUAAAACACUGUUCUACUUCCUUUUCUUUCUUUUUCUUCCUGUAUCUUCAUCUCCAAUUACGGUUUCUGGUGUACUUGUAACACGUUAUAAGCUACAGAUUAAUGUUUCCACCCUUAAGACUGAUGUUCCUGUUAUUCUUCUAGUAUUUUUUUCUUAUUUGAUAUUUCUCUUCAUUCCGCUUUAUCUAUUUCUGUUGUUGCAUCUUUGCAGAUGUUUCAUACAAUAUUUGAUUUUCUCUUUGCACAUACCUGCACAUAUUCAUCUUUUCCUUUUCUCUUCCAACAAUCGUUUACACUAUUUCUUUGUUUCUUUUUCUACUUUUCAUUCUUUUAUUUGUUGUUUCAUUCUAUUAUCUUAUUGUUCAGACUUUUUUCAUUCAACUACUCUAUUUCAAAUGUUUUUGGUUGAUUUUUUACUUCUUUUUAUUCUGAAAUUGACAUUAACCUGAAAUCUACAUUUUUUUCCUGUCAUCUUUUCAUUUUCAAAACUAACUAAAAUAUUGUUGCACUAAAAUACUCUCUCUAAUCGUUUAUCACGAAUCUUCUUUUACUUUCUAGUUCGCUUACUGUUUCUUUCUACCUUUUCUUGUUCUUAUUCAUUCAUUGUUUUUCCUCUUUUACCUAACUUAUUUUAAUUACUCCGCAUCUAGUACUUUCCCGAACUAAACCAAAAGACAUCAUUUUAUAAACUUUCACAACCACACCACCUUCCAUCAUUUUCCUCACAAAUGCUAGACAGAAUGAACCAGUUAUGUAAAUAAUAAACCACACACAUACACAUAUCCCAAAAAAAGAAAGGCAAACGAGCACACAACCUCUACUUAUCGAACUAUUGUUACCAAUGUGCGUAUCGAAAACCUAAGAACUUAAAACCCCGUAAUAACGUCGAGCUAGGAAGUCGAAUAGGCAAGUGUCUGACAUUGUUCUGUGUUAACCGAACGCGUGAUUAGAAUAUUGGGUGAUCGAAUUAUCCCGAUUGCGCGCGACCCAGCGAGCGAACGAAGGGGAGCGACGAAAAUGAGACCACCGGCAAGAGCUAAAAUAACCGAUACUGAAGCGAUCGUACUGAACCCAAUCGAUAAGUGGAGUGAAUAUUUAAAUGUCUUGAAAAAUGAAAACGCGUGCAGGUGUGAAAGUGAAAGCGGAAGCGAAUCGGCAUGGCCUAAGAGGCCCCGCAAUCGCACCCACUGGUCACUGUGUGCUUGAGAGUUCUUGGUGCGCUUGUAUCAAAACGGGAACAGAAUAAAAGCGGUGAAUCAAGGGGUGAAAACUAGAAACAAUGAAACCGAAGAUAAAUUAUGAAACUGAUGAGGUGAACUGGUUGUGUUUAAGUAGGUGAACUGUGCGUCCUACGAUCCGAAACGAUAAGUUACCAGACAGAGUUAGUCUUAGUCAUCUCCUGCACCCCAAUUAUGUAUAAAGAGAACGAGAGCGAGCGAUGCACCCACAGACGCUAGAUUUUCUUCACUCUCAAGAUGAUGAUGAACGUUUUGUAGUAUGAUUGUUAAUUUAAUUUGUGUUUUUCUCUCUCCCUUUUGCGAUUCUUUGUUGAGUAUCAAUUGGACAGAUAUUCCAUCACAAUUUCGAAAUGUGCGGUGGAUGCGUUCUAGUACGCCCAGUUUAGCGUAAUGGUAGGGUUAAAAAUGGGUGACAGCAAUCGUUCGGCAGCAGCAAGUGGUCUCUGUUAAGUUGAUAGCAUUGAGCAUUGAAAUCUGUGUAAUCCCAUACCUGUAACAGACACAGACACACACAUAAAACACCCACACCACCUUUCUUCUCAGCUUGUGAUGGCAAACCACCUUUUUGUAGUUAGCUGAAUAUUAAUCGAGACAAACAACUCUACAUAAACACACGGGCUGAAUAAAUGUAAUAAACUCAUUUAAAAAUCAUUAAACUAAA